AUGAAUUCUGAAGUCGAACGUCCAUCGUUUUUGUCACUACCUGAUGAAAUCAUCUUGAGCUGUUUAGCCCGCAUAUCGAGAUCGUACUAUCCGAAACUCUCCCUAGUUUGCAAGACCUUCCGCACUCUCCUCAUAUCUAAUGAGCUCAUUGUGGCGCGAUUGCACCUCAAAACCCAUGAAACCUUUUGUCAUGUCUGCUUAAAGUUUCCUGAUAAACCUAAUCCGUCAAUGUUCACCCUCUGGAUAAAACCUGGUACAAUCUUAACCAACCAACUUGAGAAGAACAAGAGGUCUACAAGAGAUACUCGGUUGGUACAAAUACCUUCUUCAUAUUAUUAUAAUGUACCGUUUUACCUCGUUAUGGUUGGUUCCGAAGUAUACGGACUCAGCCAACGCAAUGAUCCGUCCUCCAACAUGUUUGUCCGUAAUAAGGGGGAUAUUUUUUUGUGUAAAGCCCCAAACAUGACUGUAGCUCGAGCUAAAGCCAGUGCAGUUGUCUUCAAUGGGAAAAUAUAUGUGAUGGGAGGUUGCAUGGCUGAUGAAUCCGUGAAUUGGGGUGAAGUUUUUGACAUAAAGACUCAAACUUGGGAAGCUUUACCUGACCCUGGUCCUGAGUUCCGUUUUUCUUCAAUUAGAAAAAUAGAUGUGUUCCAAGAAAAGCUUUACGUUAGAAGCAACGAGAAGAAAGACUCUGUUUAUGAUCCAAAAGAAGAAUGGAGAGUGGUCAAAGGUUUAGACAUGUUGAACAGGAAUCUUGGUUGUGGUACGAUUGAAAUUGUUCACUAUGGCGGAAAACUCUUAAUCUUAUGGGACAAGGUAGAUCUUUCUCAUGACAAAGAUAUUUGGUGUGCGGUGAUUGCGCUUGAAAAACGUCAUGGUAGUGAUGAAGUUUGGGGAAACAUUGAAUGGGCUGAUAUUGUGCUGACGGUUCCUAGCUCAUACGUUUUCGUGAAUAGUCUAGAAACUGGUUUUUGA